AUGAUCAUGAUCCGCCUUGGUUGGAUGGGACAACCUCUGCCUACGCUAUGGGAGCAACUGGUAGACUGGAAGAACGGGCUAUGGAGGAUUACCUUCAGCUGGCAGUGGGAUAUUACACAAUUCCUCCCCUACGAUGUCCAUCUAUGGACUAUUCCUAUCGAGUUCUCUAACUCGUUACUACUGUGCGGCCAUUGGGCAGCCUUUGAGUUUUUCGGUGGCAUGGUCCUUGCUGAGAUCGGGCUUAUUCAAGAGGCUCGCCGCGAGCGCGCUACCGCUGCUAUCCAGAACAAGGAGGCGGAAUCGGACACGGAGACCCCCAGCGGCACCCUGGAAUCAUAUUCGAACUCUGCAACGACCCUUCUCUUCAAAACUUUCCUCCUUGGCAACUUUAUUUUCGCGUUGUUUGUUGCUGGAUGGCCUGAUCAGGUCAACGACAUCACGCCCGGAAUUGCACCGCUCUUUCGUAACACUAUGGAACCCUACUUUACCAUGGGUGGAGAUCUUGUUGCAUUCCCCUGGUAUGCACUUGGCGCCAUUCAAAUCGUGGCUGCCUUACAGCAGAUUAAGGUGCUACAGAACCUCUUUGUUACACCCUUCGCGCAGUACCUCGCCGAUAUCAGCUAUGCGCUGUACCUCGUCCACGGACCUGUCUUGGACGUCCUAGAACAUCGCUGGAUGCCCUACGUCUGGGCUUUAGUUGGUGGCAGAGACGAAGCCGGUAUGUGGGGACGGAUGAUAGCAUGGUUCAUCGGUUUGGUUGCGCUGGGAGUACCUACCAUCUGGGGUAGUGAUGUUUUCUGGCGAACGGUCGAUGUUCACACCGUUAAGUUUUCACGCUGGGUCGAGACUCUCUGUGUGCGAGAUGAAUGA